GACGUCUGUGUAAAGAAAAAGCGAUUUUUAUACAUUGAAACACCUCCGUUAUUUUCUAUAAAACUAUUAAUGGUAACGUUAUUCUGGAAAUUCAGCGCUGAUCCGUUUCAAGUUAGAUUACCAGGACUCUCCACUACCAGUGUCUCGAGUCUGUGGGGAAGGGGAGAGCCGGACCAGGGGGCAAGCUUGAGAUGGACAUCCACCUGUCUGUGAGCUUCCUGCGGGCGCAGCUGGGCGGAGCCAUCGAGGAGGCUGUGCGCACCGCCGUGGAGACGGUUCUGUGCGAGACCGUCCGGCUGCUGGGCGGUCAGAUCGGGGAGCUCCAGGGGGCCGGCCCCGAGAAGAGCCAGGACAUCCCUAGCCUGAAGCUGCGUUUGGAGGCCAGCGGGGGCGACUGGAGGGUGCACCCGGGGAUCGGCGAGACGGACGCGGGGCUGAAUAAGAGGACCGUUAGGAGCUCGCUAAGCCGGAAUGGCGGCGGCUCUCAGAAGCUUCUCAAUAACGGCGAGAUGGCUGAGCCCCCUUUGCUGGUGGAGCAGGGCGACUGCGGGUCCUUUCCCGACCCAUUCGACAUGGUCUCAGGGGGGCCAAGUGUAGAGGACUUUGAAGAAAGCCCGGACAUGGGGCUGCAGACAGACUGGGAGCUGAUGAACAGGGUUUACAAAGCGGAACACAGCGAGGGCAUUUCCCUCAUAGACGAGGGCGGGACUGCACACUACGCUGAUGAGUACCUGCUGCAUGGGCGGGACCUGCGCAUCAUCACCGUGCCGCAGGAGGAGAUGUCCGAGCUGGACGCCGGCGAGCCCGACGACCACCUCCCCCAGUUCAGCCCCACCGACGUGAAGAAGGAGCUCCCCGAAGCGCAGGCAUUCUCCAUGGCCGAGGACGCCCCGGUCGUCCCACUCUCCUACGAGCCCCCGGGCGGGGACGCGGGCGAGGCCGGAGGCCCCCAGGUGGAGUUUGGGCCCAAGGACUACGUGGAGGAGCUGAGGCUGUGGCUGGAGAGGCUGUGCCCGGAGGUGAUCCGGGAGUACGAGCGCGACGGCUGCCUGUGCGAGCUCUCCCGCCGCAAGCUCAUCAAGUUUGCCGUGUCCUUCAUCAUGGAGGAGUUCGGAUUCUAUCCCACGUCUGCCCAGAAGACCAUGCUGGCCGAACACAUCGUCAAGCUGUUCCCUGCCCUCCGACUGUGUGUGCCUUCGGCUGGGAUCGACGGCAUUGAGCACCUGUACGACCCCAUGUCCCGGACGGGCUACAUCGAGACGCGGCUGCGGAACUUCCGCCGGACGCUGGAGGCCGACAAGAAGAAGUACGUGCUGAAGCGCCGGAGGGCGGAGCUGGGCGUGGCCGAGCCCAAGGGCCGGGGGGGGCCGGGGGAGGGGCAAAGGGCCGAGGAGACGCGCAAGUGGGUGGCGCUGAUGAAGAAGACCCGCCCCCUCAGCAAGAACCUGCCCACCAUCCGCACCGGCAUGGAGCGCACCUUCGCUGCCCGCAGGAAGUGGAUGAGCAGCAAGCGGCCCGGCGUCAACGCCGUGCUCGCAGAGUACCCCCGCUUCCUGGACGUGCCCUCCACGAUCGACCUGGAGUUUGAGAAGAUGUUCCCGGGGAAGGGGGACGCCUUCCUGACCCAGUGGUCGUCGUGCGUGCUGCCGAAGGUGCGCCAAAUCGCAGAGCGGGAGAAACAUCCGGAAAUCGCUACGCUGCUGCAGCAGGCCGGCUCCCAGCAGGAGGACGCGUGUACCUUGACCAUGCUGAAGGUGCUGAUCCACUUACUGCCUCCCACCAACACUGGCCGAGCCUCCCUGCCCACCAAGUGCAGCAUCAAACACGCUAUCCGCUACCUAGUCGAUAUUGUCCCAUUGGACACCAAGGUGUCGUCGCUCUUCUGUGACCCAGGGCCCGCGGAGGGCCCCACCCCGAGGGACCAGGCCAAGCCCUACAUCCUGAGCAUGGGGCCCCUGGACACGCCCGGCCGGCAGCUGUACAUCCUGGCCCCCGCCGAGCGCGUGGCCCUGCCCCUGCUGGAGGGCAGCCUGAUCGCCGCCUUGGACAAGCUCUUCAAGUUCCUGCGUGUCUUCAGCCUGGGCUACCCCAUGCAGCUCAGCUCGCUCUACGGCUUCCUGGAGCACCUGUACGGGCUCGAGAAGCCCCACAGCGCCCCCGGGGGCAAGAGGUCCAAAGUGCUGGAACUGGUGUCGCGGAUACACACGCUCUCCUGACAGAACGCCCGCUCGCGUGACUCAAUCCCACCCUCCUGACCCCUCCCCUUCUUGUCGCAUAUCUUUGCCUUGUCCUUCCGGAUCAUGUUACUGGAGGAUGUUUUUUAACAUUAAGUGUAUUGUAGGCACUUGAAAACAAUGACUUAAUAUAUUCUGCAAGGUUUUCUGUCAAGUGUAAUGCAGUAAGCUGCAGAGUUUUCUGCCGUUUGCUAGCAUGAAUAGGCCUUUAGAAUACCUUUAAGUGAAACCCUGGUUUUUUUUUUUUGGUUUUUUUUUUUUUAAAUGAGCCUGGUUAUUUUAAAUGGUACAGAAAUGGUUGGGUUUGGUCAUUUAGUAACUGAAAGUCAGUUUUGUGAUGCUCUGGGGUGUUAGGCCUUGCCUUUGUUCAUCGUUUGAUCCUGUAUGUUGAAGUAAGACGUCACUGAACAAUGGUAUUUCAGAUGCUUCAAGUAAUGGCUCAGAGCCAUUUAUUUAUGAAACUUCCGUGGAACAGCAGGGACACUAUGCACAAAAUAGCAAAACCAAACAAUAGCACUAUAUGGAAUCCAUAUACAAACAAUGUAUUUACUUAGUUGUUUUUUAAAGAAUCAAAAUGCGCCAAUUCAUCAAACUUGAAUGGACAUAUUUUAUUUUGGUUUUAUUUCACUUCAAGAACUUGCAAUUAUUUUUUACUAACAACGUUACAUUACUGACAAGAUCAAGUAAAAUAUAAUGCCACUUAUAUUUCAUAAUUUGGCAAAGUAGCCAUGAAAACUAAAGUGUUCAUUAUUUUUAAAUAUAACAAUCAGUGGUUAACAUAUUACUUGCAACUGUAGCAAGCACACUUUUGUUUACUAGUUUUGGUACCGUUAUAUAUUUAUUGAACUGGCAUUGUUAUUUGGUUUUGUGAAUGUCUACUCCAGUUGUUCUACCUGCUGUUUUAUAAUGAAGUACAAUAUAAUAUUCUAUUUGUUUAUUAAUCAUUGGCAAAGUAUAAUAGAGUUACUGUCAAUAUGUUAAACAAAAACAAACAAAAAAAACGGAUAAAUACGCAUUUAGUUGUGUAGCUAUGAUAAAUUACUGUUACUUCAAAUUAUAUUAGUCAUAUUUAGUUUUUGUUUAUGGUCGUAAGUGACUAAAUUCUGAUGGGAACCCUUGAAUACACAUUUCUAAAUAAGGCAGAAGUUCUGUGUAUGAACAGGUACUAAAGAGUUUAACCAUUGUAGAGGAACCUUUUGUGGAUUUGGAUUUGUCUAGAUAUGAAUUCCAUUGUAUUUAUCUAUGGAUGGUUUUGUUUUUAUAAAUGGAAAAAAAAACUCAAUAAAAUGGGGAAUACUGUUCA